ACAGUUUUGCAUAUGUUAUUGAAUUGUUGAAUAGGAACGUAGAUUUUAAGUUUUAUAAAAUACUGUUAGUGUAAUGGGUGCUUGUCAGUGCACUCCAUCGAAGAGUGUGAAAGAUCCAAAGUCUAAUGGAGCCUCAAAAAAAGAACAUAAAUUAAAAAAAUCAAAAUCUCGUAACAAUCUUGCAACAAUCGAAGAAAUCGAAUAUACGCCGGAUAAUGAAUACGUAGAAGCUAUUGUUUGUCAAGAACAUGAACUUCUUGAAAAUGAAAUAAAAUCGUUUCCUUUAGGUGACGGAAAAGUAUUAGUUAUUAAACAGGACGGUGUAAUUUCGGCAAUUGGAAGUAAAUGCCCACAUUAUGGAGUUCCUUUGGCUGGUAGUGUACUUGGAAAAAAUCGCGUUCGAUGUCCUUUGCACGGCGCUUGUUUUAACGUAAAAACCGGUGAUAUUGAAGAUUAUCCCACAGUGGAUGCGUUACCUUGUUUCGAAGUUAAAAUUGUAAAUGGAAAUGUUGUUGUUCGUGGUCGUAAAACAGAAGUUGAAACCUCUAAACGUACGAAACCGAUGGUUCGAAAAAAUCCAUUAGAAUCUAAUGUGUACGUUAUUAUUGGAGGAGGACCAUCAGGGGGUAUUUGUGCCGAAUCGUUACGUCAAGAAGGCUACACAGGAAAGAUUAUAAUGGUUUGUAAAGAGAAAUAUUUACCGUAUGAUCGUGUUAAAGUUUCGAAAUCUAUUAAUUUCGACAUAUCGAAAGCAGAAUUUCGUACUGCUGAAUGGUACGAAUUAAAUGGAAUUGAUGUUAUCAGAGAGAAUCCUGCAACAAGUGUAAAUACUAGCGAUAAAAAAAUAACUCUUCGCAGUGACUUAGUAUUGAAUUAUACAAAGUGUUUCAUAGCAACUGGCUCAAAUCCUCGAUUACCAAAUAUUCCUGGAAAAGAAUUAAAAAAUAUUUUCACAAUGGUCAAUUAUGAUGACUCAAUGGGUGUUUUGGAUUUAUUAAAACCGGAUAAGCAUGUGGUUGUCUACGGGACAAGUUUUAUUGGCUUAGAAUCAGCGGCUUCAUGUGUCAGUAAAGUUGCGAAAGUUACUGUGAUUGGACGUAGUGCUGUGCCGCUGAAAGCUACUUUCGGUGAACAGAUUGGAAAACGUUUUAUGGAUCUAUUUAAGGAGAAAGGUGUAGAUUUCAUCAUGAACAGUGGAAUUAAACGAUUUAUUGGAACGGAUGGUGUAAUAACCGCUGUAGAACUUAAUGAUGGAUCUGAAUUAAAAGCAGAUUUAUGUAUUGUGGGUAUCGGUUCAAACUUAUUCACUGAUUUCUUAAAAGAUAGUGGUAUUGAAAUUCGUAGUGAUGGCUCGAUUCCAGUAAAUAAGUACAUGGAAACGAAUGUUCGUGGAGUUUUUGCUGGUGGAGAUAUUGCUUAUGCGCCAGUGUACUCCAAUAAUAUGGAACCAGCAGUUAUUGGUCACUAUCCACUAGCACAUUAUCAUGGGAAAAUUGCUGCUCUAAAUAUGAUAGGAAAAGUAACAGAAGUAAGGGCAAUACCAUUCUUUUGGACAGUGUUAUUUGGAAAAUCCAUUCGUUAUGCUGGAUAUGGAGAUCCAGAUGAGAUUAAAAUUGAAGGAGAUUUAGAACAAAUUAAAUUUUUUGCAUUCCAUUUCAAGGGUGAUAAAGUGAUUGGUAUGUCUAGCUGUAAUCGUGAUCCGAUUGUUGCACAGUAUGCUGAAUAUUUGUAUCAAGGAAAUCAUUUAACAAAAGAACAGGUGCUAAAAGAUCCUCUAGGAUGGACAAAAACUCUUAAUCAGUAACAAUUUAAAGUUCGUUCUGAUAAAAUUCACGUGAGCUAUUCGGACCAAGAACCAGCACAAAAAUUGAUUAAUUAAUACUCCGAAGAAGAUUUAUAUUAUUUUUUUAGGCAUGCUCUGGAAAUAAUAAAAUCAAUUUUUUCGGAAUUCCUUGAAAUUUGCAUUUAAUCUUUUUGGAUCGGGUGAAAAUUAUCUUUGCGAAUUUCUUCCAUUGUCCUCCAUAACUAUUCUUAAAACUCUUGAUUUUUAUUCAUCAAGAACAUAAGACCACCCAGAGGUUGAAGAAAGUAUUAAAAUAGAAACGAUCAGAGCAGCUUGCAUGUGGUUCCUAUUUUUUGGUAAGUAAGCAUAAAUUUACCAUUUUUCUCGCUGGCUCUUGAUCUAAGAAGAAAGAUGGUCAAAAAUUUGUUAUUUUGGAAUGUAUAAUGUAAAUAUAAGUGAGUACAAAAAAAUCCAUAUCUUAUCAGCAUUAUACGUGCGUCCUGAUAUGAACAAAUACAAUCGAUAAUAAGUUUAUUUAUUCAUUAAUUUUUAAUGAAUAUCAA